AUGGAUGAUGAAGUUGUCAUUGAUUCCAACCUCAUGAAAAAGUUUGAAAUAUGUGCCAAUUUUAAUAAUGAAGGAUAUAUAACAAGCAUAGAUUUAUUAAAUAAUAUAAUAGCUACUACGAAUACAAAGAAUAUAAUAAAAAUAUAUGAUAUAUGUGAGAGGAAAGAAAAGUUAACAUAUAGUGUUCAAGAUUUAGUAAUAAACGAUAUUAAAUUAUUAAAGAAAGAUUUGAAAGAAAAUAAUGGGUUAUCCAUAAAUUAUGAAAUACAAGAAUGUUUGUUUACAGCAUAUGAAAAAAACAAAAAAAACAAAAUAUAUCAUUAUGAUUUAAUAAAUAAAAAAGUAUUACAUAUAUAUGACUUAUCUGAUGAAAUAAUUAAUAAUAGUUUUGUGUUACAUCCAAAUACUCAUAUAUUUAUUGUUGUAUUAAAAAGUAAAGAAUUAAUUGUAUAUAAUAUAAAAAAUAAAUCUAUAAUAUAUAAGACAAACGUUCAAAAUAAUAAUUGUAUAGUCUGUUAUAAUAAAUCAGGUAUAUUAUAUGGUUAUACAGGUAAUGUAAAUACAAUUUAUUUAUGUAGUUGUUUUGGUGAUGAUUAUAAUGAUGAUUAUUUUGCAAGCUUUGAUAUAUCCAAGGUAACAGCAAAUGAUAAUUAUUGUAUACACAUUGAUUUUUCUUAUGAUGAAAAAAAAAUGCUUAUAACUACAAAAAAUAAUUCCAUAUAUACAUUGGAUGCAUAUACAGGGCAUUUUUUAUAUUCAUAUAAUUUUAUGUAUGAAAACAAUUCUUACAUAUCUUCUUAUUUAUCUUAUCCCAUUUUUUCGUUCGACUCAAAUUUUGUAUUAUCGGGUGGACAAGAUGGCCAUCUGCAUAUAUGGGAUGUACAAGGAAAUCAUGUGAUCAAAAAUAACAUAAAAAAUAAUAUUUUAUAUAUUAAGUGGGUUUAUAACAGGCUGGCAUUUGUAACAACUAGCAACAAUCUAUUAAUUUGGAAGCCGUCCAAAAACUUUUGA